AUGGCAAUGGCUUUGAACAAAAGCGUCCAAUGCCGGUUACCUCUUUUCACUCUAUUCUUCUUGCUCUUCUUUUUACAGCGAGUAUUUUCUAUGUGUCCACAAGGCUAUUUUAUCAACACGAAUGGGGGGUGUUCGCCCGAAUGCAUUUUUGGAAAAAAGUGUAUUAAUGGGUGUUCCGAGCCAAAUGUUUGUGACGAGUGUGACACAUCAUUUAAUAUCACGAAAAACUGUUUAAGAUGUGCUGAAGGGUUUGUGUGGAAUGGUGCUGGCAACUGUAUGCAAAUUCCUUAUAUAACGCAAUGCACAGAAUUUUUAAAGAACAAUCAAAAGUUUACUUACAAAGUGACAAAAGACUCAAAUUUUGAAAUAAAAGUUUCACCCCAAGACGUCGUAUUCUCAGAAACGUGGUGCUCUAAAGUAGUUCCCAUAUAUCAACCGUUCACAUAUGGCGUUUGGCUUCAAUUUCAAACUUCAGACCAAGAGGAGUUGAUGGUGAGCAUUUUUGAUAAGAGUUGCAAAGAGUCGAGUCACCUUUUUUUUUCUCUUCAGAAGUCGUGUGUUCUUGAUGAGGCGUGUUUGUCAGAGGAAAAGAGUAUGUGCAUUUCGAAUGGAACAAAACACACUUUUACAAUAACGAAAGACCCAAUUGUUGUGUUUGUCCAUUCAGCUAUCGGAGAAUCAAUACUUUCCGAAUUUAGUCUGACUAUAUCUGUCGAGCAAAAUCAGUGUGUUCCAAGUCCAACUACAAUAGCAUUUAAUGACAACAAUAUAACAACACUAAUUGUCGAUCCAAACACCUUUGUAUUGUCAAGAACAGCAUGUCUUCAAGAUGAAGCAAACAUAAAGUGGUUUUCACUUGAAGGUGUCGAUCAAAGAGUUCUUCUGAAUUUAUGUGAAUCGACUUAUGCAGACGAAAUUGCUCUUCAAGUCAUCGACUUUGCAUCAAGUGGUAAGUCAUUCAAUGACACGUUAUGUGCUGGACUAUCCGCCAAUUGUUUAAAUUACAUUUCUGGAAAUUGUGAGAAUACAAAGUACUCGAAAAUAGUUGUUAAUGGGGGGUCGAAGACCCCAAUUUAUAUCGGAAUUACUAUACCAAAUCGCGUCAAUUACGGGUUGAUAAAAUUACACGUUGAAAAGAUAUGUCCUGAAAAUUGUGGCUUUCAUGGGACGUGCAAUGAGCGGGUUGGGAAGUGUUUCUGUGAAGAGAAUUACGUAUUGAACGAUCAAAUAUGUAGUCUCUGUGGAAAUGGGAUAUUAGACACAACAGAAGACUGUGACGACUCAUAUUUAACAGAUGUUCAUUGUGACACGCAUACCUGCAAAUGUUAUAGUGGAUAUUCUCCCCAACUUGUUGGAGGAAGAGUCCGUUGUAUAAUAGACACAUGUGGGAAUAACAGAAUCGACCCAAAUGAAAGUUGUGAAGGGGGAGUCUUAUGUGAGCGCUGUCAAUGUCAAAAUGGGAGUUACCCCCACCAUCCAAUACAAUAUGGAUGUGUUCCCGAGACAUGUGGAAAUGGGCAGUUAGAUGUGAAUGAAGAGUGUGAUGGUGGAGAAGGGUGUGUUGAGUGUUUGUGUGAUAAGCAAUUGAUGUAUUUUGCAAACAACAACAUUGAUUGUAAGAACACACAAGAUCGAAACAAGUUAAUAUCGUCACUAACACCAACAAUAGGGUUGUAUAUCUUUUUAUACUUUGUGUUACUUUUUGUCUAUUAUUUGAGGUAUAAUAAUUUGAACGCAGUCAUCACUAAAGCACACAAAGAAAAGGAAAUGUACAACCAAAUAAUUAUGACGGGGAUUAUUCCCUUUUCUAAACAAAACGCACAAAAGAUCACUAAACUCGACAAUCCGUUCUUCAAAAUAUCCGCCGAAACGUUGGAUUUUGGGGAAGACAAAUUGGAGCUCAACCAACCCUAUUACUUUUCUUUCACUUUACAAAAUUUGUUUUCGAAAGUACUGCUGUUCACGUUCCAUGGAGUCGACUCACAUAAAUACAGACUCACGUUUAAACCACCCACUGGCGCAAUUUUCACGAACGAAACAAUACAAGUCAAAGCGACUUUGGUCAUGUUGUGCACAACAAAAGUCACUGAAAAGGUGAAAGUGACUCUCAAAUAUGGCAAAAACAAGAAGGUGAACAAAGAGGUGUCUCAGGAGAUUUUAAGGAAGUGCCCCGAAGUUGUUGGAGGGACUUUCUCGUCAUCACACCGCCUUACUAUCAGUCGGUCGAGUCGGAUCCUUAAGAAGUCAUCCACUCUUCCCUCGAAAGUCUCUUCGUUCUAUGUCAACUUAAGACUUCAAACGGAGAGUGUCUUAUCGUCUCGAAUCGAUUUGGAUGAAAUUGAAAUCAAACAGCCACCGGUAGGGCAAGGCAGUUUUGGAUUAGUGUAUGAAGGGGUAUGGCGAGGCGCUGAAGUUGCUGUGAAGAUGUUAAAAAGUGAUAUGUUUGACACAGAAACUCUUCUUCCCAGUUUCAUGGAAGAAUGCGAAUUAAUGGAAAGAAUUCGAAGUCCAUUUGUGUUAGGUUUUAUUGGCAGUGUAGUGAUGCCGGAUCAACUCUGCUUACUCACAGAAUUCUGUCCUUUGUUCUCCUUACGUAAAUUCAUGAAGACAAAUUCGAUGAGCACACAACUGAAAGUUCGUAUCUGCCAAGAUAUAGCUAAAGGGAUGGACUACUUGCAUCAGAACAAUAUUGUACACAGAGACUUGAAGAGCGACAACGUCUUAAUGGUGUCUAAAAAUCCGAAUGAACCCGUUUGUGUUAAAAUCUCUGAUUUUGGUACCUCAGCACUCUUUGUGGACACCAAGAGCGCAAAGAAAAUCGUCGACAUAGGAACACCAAUGUACAUGGCGCCCGAAGUCCAUGACAAGAGUCUUGGAAAUGCCAGUUUCAAGUGUGAUGUGUUCUCUUUUGCUAUUUGUAUAUUAGAGAUCUGGCUUACAAAGUCACCAUACGACCCCGAUGUUUUCGCUACACCAGCAAGUAUCCAAGAAUUUGUGAUGAGUGGAAAGCGCCCGCUGAUACCAAAAGUGUGUGUAUAUAGAAGAAUAAUUCGAAAGUGUUGGCAACACAAACCACGCAGUCGUCCCACUUUUGCGGAGAUCAGUAAGGAACUCGACGUCAUCUACCAAAAAGUGUUUGAAGGAAGUCGAAGUCAACGUACGAGUUGUAACAUUGGCGUUGUUACGACGGACACGGACACUGAU